GCUGCAACUGCAGUUCAUUGAAGCGCGCAUCGCGCAUGUUGUUUUGAAUGGGUUUAGUUUUUUGUUAUGCUAAAGAAUAGCAUUUUAACGCCACUCCAUAUUUUACCAUACAACAAAUGCCAUUUGCGAGAAUCCAGGUUUCCAUGGUGACCACCACUUGGAACAGAACCUAAGUACUACGUACAGCAAAACCAACAGAUAGCUUUGCUGAAAUAUUUGCAAGAACAUCAAGACUAUCAGAUUUCUGCCCCUUCAUGUGAUAUGGAUAUUGAAGCCAACGGAAUGGCGGGAACAAGCGCAAACGUGCUGCAGCGGAAGUAUGUUUCGGUGUUCCGCAUCGAUGGAGAACCCAUUAUACCCCCACUGAUGACUACGGAAAAAGUACGACAGAUGCAAAAAUUAAAAGAAAAAGCUUUGAAAAUUGAACAACGUUUAAAAGAACGCAAAUUGCGCUUUGCGAACAAAGAAAACGACGGAGCGAAUGCGGAAGUAUUGCUGUGUGAAACAUCGAGAUCGUCUAUUGCUGCUGACAGCUUAUCGCACAGAUCACAGGAUUUAAGCGAGGCCAAUCGAAAAGCAACGGAGGAAUCAAUGAUGCUUUUGCAAGACAUCAUACGAAGACAGUCGGGGGAGAGCGAAGACCACAGAGCUCAUGGUCGAGUAAGCCAAAGUCCUAAAAAGCAGAGCAAUGACGAGAAAUUGAGAAAAUUACAGAAAUCGGAAACUCUUAUCUACGACAACUCCAAAAACGAGGUUAUAAAACAAAUACAAAAUCUGCAGGACAGUGAGGAGGCGGCUAAGCAACGGCCCACAAGUAUGAAUUAUUCGCCGCCGAAAAAACCAAAUUUUUUGCUCUUGGCCAGCCUCAAUGAACCAUGUAUACCUUCGAUUUGCAUUAAUCCUCCCACACCCUUGGUAGGUAAUCGACAAUUCGGUGAACAGUUGGAUGCCACAAGAGAUUUGCAGGAUUCCGAUGACAGUCUCAGUAGCAUGUAUACACACAGUGAUAGGCGACAACCACCUCCAGUGCCAGAACGCACGUACAUAACGAAGUUGACCCGCAGUGGAAAGAUACACGAUUUGAAGAUAUAUAAUACUGCCAAAAAUGUUUCGACCAAGGUGCAGCAGUACGAAGUCGCCAACAGCGACCAAUCAUCAUAUGUAGCUACACCCAACUCUAGCCCAGACAAAGUUGUAUCGAAAAAAGUCGCCUCUAUUAAUACAAUGAACCGCUCAGCCACCAGUCCUUCCAUAAAACUCAAUAUGGAAAAAUCAUGUUUGAAUACUACUAAUAAUUCUCACAUUUCUCCAGAUAAUUCUCUUGUCAGAUCUUCAUCAUUUACUUUGGAAGCACCCUCGAAGGCCCUCAUCGAACAUAUGCGACAACAGCGUUCUUCUUCUCGUAAUAAAACAUCUAAUGGCCAAGUAAAUAGAACACCACCCUCAAUUAAUGCGGAAAUGACACGAAAAAGUCCUACAAUAUCACGAGUACAUCGCGACACAGUUGAGUCGAAGGCAAAACGUGUUCAGAAAGUGGAUUUGAAACCAGCUCGUCAGAAAAUUCUACCAAAAGCUUCACAACAAAAACUGGCUCAGGCUGCUGUUGCCUCUAUAGCACCGUACAAAAGUAAUAGCUCCAGCUAUGCCACACACGGUAGUACCAGUAAUUUAUAUAAAACAAAGAGGUCACCCUAUGACCCACCCACAAGUUAUACGAAAUCAUCUCCACUACAAACUAAAGCAAGAAGUUCGUCGCAGGUGAGAAAAUCGCCCACGCCUUCUGUGGCAUCGACCACAAGUCGACGUCCCACCAUGAAAUCUAGUGUAUCGAAGAGUACCAUUCAGAGCCCACCGAAUUUGGACAAAGAUGCCUUGAAUCAAAUGGAUAAAGAGCAAAAGGAGAAAUUUGUGCGCCUCCUUAGGCAGCAAGAAGAAGAACAAAGAAAAUUAAAGCAAGCAUUUGAAAUGCAGCAAAAAUUACUUAUCGAACAGUUGAACAAGGAAAUGGCAUCAUCACAACUCAACUCCCCACCAUCUGACUCCUCUAGAAUGGGAUCUUCAAGGCCCGCUUCAACCUUGACACAACACAGCGAAAAUUCAAAUGAUCAGUCUUCUAGUGCCUCUCCCGAUUCGCCACAACAAUGUUCAACAAACCGGCAGUACUCCCAGAAAAUCUUGCCAUACACCAAUGAAAAUAACUUGCCAUCCACAGGCAAUGUGGGUCACCAUACCACAGACUACUCUCAAGUGCCUUCACUAACUCUCUCGAAUUUAUCCUCAAUCGAUCAUUCAAAUGCCAAUAUUUCCCUGGAAUCUUCAUCACUGUAUCAUGGAUGUGACCAAAGCACCUAUAGAACAGACACAACCAUAACACCUGAAGAGAAUGCACAUAAACAUUCAAUGGGAGCUGGUGCCAGCUCUGCAUCGCGACGAAGAUUAUUUCCCCAGGAACAUAAUGCAACGGCUGUGCCCACUUCGACUGGGGAGACAUCAAUGCGACCAUUUAAUACAGUUUCCUCAAAUAAUCAUCGUUUAAUGUCAGAUUUACAUAAAGGAACUGGAACUGUAGCUAUUAGUGGCAGUAAUUCUAAUGGCAGACGUGAAAUUGAUCAAAUCAAUAGAGCCAAUGCUGCAGCCACGAUUAUAAAUGCCUAUGCAAGGGGUUUUCUUGUGCGGCGACUCUUUAAGACCGAACAAAUUCAACGUAUCGUUCAAACCAUUCAUGAUACAUUGAUAUUUGUUUUGAACUUGCACAUGGAAACUUGUGAGAAUCCCGAGGAGGGCAAUACUCCGGCCAAUAUCAAGCUAAAAGCCAGACUACUUCAACAGCUAUCUUCGGCCACCCACACUCUACAUUUGGUACUCUUUCAAACAUCUGUUAAUGAGCGAAUGGAAAUUAUAGCACGUGAUCGCAAGCGCAUAAAACACAAACUCAUGACAAUGAGUCGAAACAGCUCUUCAAGAAGAACUCCAAGAAUUGCCGGCUGAAAUUCAGUUUUAUUGAAAAGGAAAUUGAAGCUAGACUCACAUCUCAACAAGGCAUUAAUUAACAAAAAUAUUGAAUUUAAAUUAAAUCAUUAAAAACAAAACAAAAAAAAUUAUUAAAACUACGAAUUAAGCAAAGAGUUUGAAACUCCUUAUUUUUCUAUAUGUUUGAAGAACCGAAAAAAUUGUAAUGAAUUCAAAUUACAACAAAUAAAUGGAACAAGGAAUGGAUUUUUGGAAUCAUCGCCCACUUAA